AUGCGGCUCUGGAGUUGGGUGCUGCGCCUGGGGCUGCUGAGCGCCGCGCUGGGCUGCGGGCUGGCCGAGCGCCCCCGCCGGGCCCGGAGAGACCCUCGGGCCGUGCGCACCCCGCGCCCCGCCGCCGGCCCGGCCACCUGCGCCACCCGGGCGGCCCGCGGUCGCCGCGCCUCGCCGCCGCCGCCUCCGGGCGGUGCCUGGGAAGCCGUGCGCGUCCCCCGGCGGCGGCAGCAGCGGGCGGCGAGGGGCGCCGAGGAGCCGAGCCCGCCGAGCCGGGCGCUCUAUUUCAGCGGCAGAGGGGAGCAGCUGCGCCUCCGGGCCGACCUGGAGCUGCCCCGCGACGCCUUCACACUGCAAGUGUGGCUGCGAGCCGAGGGGGGCCAGAGGUCUCCAGCGGUGAUCACAGGGCUGUAUGACAAAUGUUCUUAUACCUCUCGCGACCGAGGAUGGGUCGUGGGCAUUCACACCAUCAGUGAUCAAGGCAACAGAGACCCACGCUACUUUUUCUCCUUGAAGACAGACCGGGCCAGGAAAGUGACCACCAUCGAUGCCCAUCGCAGCUACCUCCCAGGCCAGUGGGUAUAUCUAGCUGCUACCUACAAUGGGCGACUGAUGAAACUCUAUAUGAAUGGUGCACAGGUGGCAACCUCUGGGGAGCAAGUCGGUGGCAUAUUCAGCCCACUGACUCAGAAGUGUAAAGUGCUCAUGCUGGGGGGCAGUGCUCAAGAUCACAACUUCCGGGGCUACAUUGAACACUUCAGUCUAUGGAAAGUAGCCAGGACACAGCGAGAGAUACUGUCUGACAUGGAAACCCAUGGCCUCCACACCCCACUACCUCAGCUCCUCCUCCAGGAGAACUGGGACAAUGUGAAACGCACUUGGUCCCCCAUGAAGGAUGGCAAAAGCCCCCGCGUGGAAUUCAGCAAUGCCCACAAUUUCUUGUUGGACACUAGUUUGGAGCCCCCUCUAUGUGGGCAGACGCUGUGUGACAACACAGAAGUCAUCUCCAGUUAUAACCAGCUCCCUAGUUUCCGUCGGCCCAAGAUGGUGCGCUAUCGUGUGGUCAACAUCUAUGACGAUGACCAUAAGGACCCGACCGUGAGCCAGCAGCAGAUUGACUUUCAGCACCAGCAGCUGGCUGAAGCCUUCCAGCACUACAACAUCUCCUGGGAGCUGGAGGUGCUGGAGAUAAACAGCUCCUCUCUGCGUCACCGCCUCAUCCUAGCCAACUGUGACAUCAGCAAGAUCGGGGAUGAAAAAUGUGACCCUGAAUGCAACCAUACACUGACUGGCCACGAUGGUGGGGAUUGUCGCCAGCUGCGCUACCCUGCAUUCACUAAGAAGCAGCAGAAUGGUGUGUGUGACAUGGACUGCAACUAUGAAAGGUUUAAUUUCGAUGGUGGAGAGUGCUGUGACCCAGACAUCACAGAUGUCACUAAGACAUGCUUUGAUCCCGACUCUCCACACAGAGCCUACUUGGACAUUAAUGAGCUAAAGAACAUUCUUAGAUUGGAUGGAUCAACACACCUCAAUAUUUUCUUUGCAAACUCUUCAGAGGAGGAGUUGGCGGGAGUGGCAACUUGGCCCUGGGACAAGGAGGCCCUAAUGCACUUGGGAGGCAUUGUCUUGAAUCCAUCUUUCUAUGGCAUUCCUGGACACACCCAUACCAUGAUCCAUGAGAUUGGUCACAGCCUGGGCCUCUAUCACAUCUUCCGAGGCAUCUCAGAAAUCCAGUCCUGCAGUGAUCCCUGCAUGGAGACAGAACCCUCAUUUGAAACUGGAGACCUCUGCAAUGACACAAACCCAGCUCCCAAACACAAGUUUUGUGGAGACCCUGGACCAGGGAAUGACACGUGUGGCUUUCAUAGCUUCUUUGACACUCCUUACAACAACUUCAUGAGCUAUGCAGAUGACGACUGUACGGACUCUUUCACGCCCAAUCAAGUCUCCAGAAUGCACUGUUACCUGGACCUCGUAUACCAGAGCUGGCAGCCCUCCAGAAAGCCUGCACCUGUAGCACUUGCCCCCCAGGUUGUGGGUCACACAACUGACUCUGUGAUGCUAGAGUGGUUCCCGCCCAUCGAUGGCCACUUCUUUGAAAGAGAAUUGGGAUCAGCAUGUGACCUUUGCCUAGAAGGGAGAAUCCUGGUGCAAUAUGCGUUCAAUGCCUCCUCCCCGAUGCCCUGUGGACCAUCAGGACACUGGAGUCCUCGGGAAGCAGAAGGUCAUCCAGAUGUUGAACAGCCCUGUAAAUCCAGUGUCAGAACUUGGAGUCCGAAUUCAGCUGUCAACCCACACACAGUCCCUCCAGCCUGUCCUGAGCCACAGGGCUGCUACCUCGAGCUGGAAUUCCAGUACCCCUUAGUCCCUGAGUCUCUCACCAUAUGGGUGACCUUUGUCUCCAUUGACUGGGACUCCAGUGGAGCUGUCAAUGACAUCAAACUAUUGACUGUUGGUGGGAAAAACAUCUCUUUGGGUCCUCAAAACGUUUUCUGCGAUAUCCCACUGACCAUCAGACUCCGGGAUGUGGGUGAGGAGGUAUAUGGUAUCCAGAUCUAUACUCUUGAUGAACACUUGGAGAUUGAUGCAGCCAUGCUGACCUCCACUGCAGACAGCCCACUGUGUCUGGAGUGUAAACCCCUACAGUAUAAAGUGCUGCGGGACCCACCUCUCCAGGAAGACAUAGCCUCACUACUACACCUCAACAGAAGAUUCAUUGACAUGGAUCUGAAACUUGGCAGUGUGUACCAUUACCAGAUUAUCACCAUUUCAGGAAAUGAGGAGAGUGAGCCAUCACCGGCUGCCGUAUACACCCAUGGAAGCGGGUACUGUGGUGAUGGCAUUAUCCAGAAAGACCAAGGAGAAGAGUGUGACGACAGGAAUAAGAUCAACGGUGACGGCUGCUCCCUCUUCUGCCAACAAGAAGUUUCCUUCAACUGCAUUGAUGAACCCAGCCGGUGCUAUUUCCAUGAUGGAGAUGGGAUGUGUGAAGAGUUUGAACAAAAAACUAGCAUUAAAGACUGUGGUGUCUACACACCCCAGGGUUUCUUGGAUCAGUGGGCAUCCAAUGCUUCAGUGUCCCAUCAAGACCAGCAGUGCCCAGGUUGGGUUGUCAUUGGACAGCCGGCAGCAUCCCAGGUGUGUCGAACCAAGGUGAUAGAUCUCAGUGAAGGCAUUUCCCAGCAUGCUUGGUACCCUUGUACCAUUAAUUACCCAUACUACCAACUGCCUCAGACCACAUUCUGGCUCCAGACAUAUUUCUCUCAGCCAAUGGUUGCUGCAGCUGUUAUUAUCCACCUGGUGACUGAUGGGACAUACUAUGGGGACCAAAAGCAAGAGACCAUCAGUGUGCAGCUACUUGAUACCAAAGAGCAAAGCCAUGAUCUAGGCCUCCAUGUCUUGAGCUGCAGGAACAAUCCCCUGAUUAUCCCUGUGGUCCAUGACCUCAGCCAACCCUUCUACCACAGCCAAGCAGUACGUGUGAGCUUCAGUUCUCCCCUGGUCGCCAUCUCGGGGGUGGCCCUCCGCUCCUUCGACAACUUUGACCCCGUCACCCUGAGCAGCUGCCAGAGAGGAGAGACCUACAGCCCUGCUGAGCAGAGCUGUGUGCAUUUUGCCUGUGAAGCCACGGACUGCCCAGAACUGACUGUGGAGAACGCUUCUCUCAACUGCUCCAGCAGCCACCGCUACCAUGGUGCCCAGUGCACAGUGAGCUGCAAGACGGGUUAUGUGCUGCAGAUACAGCGGGAUGACGAGCUGAUCAAGAGCCAGGUGGGACCAAGUAUCACAGUGACAUGCACAGAGGGCAAGUGGAACAAACAGGUGGCAUGUGAGCCAGUGGACUGCGGUGUCCCAGAUCACCAUCAUGUCUACGCUGCCUCCUUCUCCUGUCCAGAGGGCACCACCUUUGGUAGAAGAUGUUCCUUUCAGUGUCGCCACCCUGCCCAGCUGAAAGGUAACAACAGCAUUCUGACCUGUAUGGAAGACGGACUGUGGUCCUUCCCAGAGGCCCUGUGUGAACUCAUGUGCCUCGCCCCUCCGCCAGUUCCCAAUGCAGACCUGCAGACCGCCAGGUGUCUAGAGAGCAAGCACAAGGUGGGCUCCUUCUGCAAGUACAAGUGCAAACCUGGAUACCAUGUGCCUGGCUCUUCUCGGAAGUCCAAGAAACGGGCUUUUAAGACUCAGUGUACCCAAGAUGGCAGCUGGCAGGAGGGAACUUGUGUGCCUGUGACUUGUGACCCGCCUCCGCCCAAAUUCCAUGGGCUCUACCAAUGCACCAAUGGCUUCCAGUUCAACAGUGAGUGUCGUAUCAAGUGUGAGGACAGCGGAAGCUCCCAGGGCCGUGGGAGCAACAUCAUUCACUGCCGGAAAGACGGUACCUGGAGUGGCUCCUUCCAUGUCUGCCGAGAGAUGCAAGGCCAGUGCCUGGCCCCAAACCAGCUCAACAGUAACCUCAAACUGCAGUGUCCUGAUGGCUAUGCCAUAGGGUCAGAGUGUUCCACCUCGUGCCUGGAUCACAACAGCGAGUCCAUCAUCCUGCCAGUGAAUGUGACGGUGCGUGACAUUCCCCACUGGAUGAACCCCACACGAGUAGAGAGGAUUGUCUGCACUGCUGGUCUCCAGUGGUACCCCCACCCUGCUCUAAUCCACUGUGUCAAAGGCUGUGAGCCAUUCAUGGGAGACAACUACUGUGAUGCCAUCAACAAUCGAGCCUUCUGCAACUACGAUGGUGGGGACUGCUGCACCUCCACAGUAAAGACCAAAAAGGUCACUCCCUUUCCUAUGUCCUGUGACCUACAAGACGACUGCGCCUGUCGGGAUCCUAAUGCUCAAGAGCACAGCCGGAAAGACCUUCGGGGGUACAGCCAUGGCUAAGGAAAGAUGGAGCUGUCCAAGAUUUCCCAACGCCAGGACCCGCAUCCCUCUGGUAUUGAUUUCACAGUCUGCUGCUCAAUGAAAUGGCCUCUCCACACCAGGGAUCCUUAGCACCCAACCGGUCUGCCUUUAAUUUCACCCAGGAAGGACCAACUGUGGGGCAAUGAACUGAAUCUCACCAUGUUGAAUGACAGAAUGGAAUUUUAUCCUGCAGUCCAAGAUGGAUUGCAUACACAGCAUGUAGUCCCAGAGCCUCUGAAAAUUCUAACCAUUUGUCACAUGGCCACAGCACAAAACAAUAACAACAAAAUCAUGUUUUGUAUCAAGGAGUGCUCAUAUCUGUGGUCAAUACACAUGCAUGCAUACACACCCAUACACACAUCUGUGUGAGGGCAGUUUUAGAAAGUAAGCAGAAAACAACUGAAAAAAAACAAAACAAAGCAAAAAAACAAAACAAAACACCUCAAUCUGUACUUUCCCAAGCUAUAGAAACUAAAACCAAGUACUGAGAAACAAAUAUAGCUCAGAAUGUGAGGCACAUAAAAUGUAGUGCAUGCAUCAUUAUGUAGUGUUUUGGGACCAGAAGUGAAAUGGUUUGUACUGUCAAUCUUCUAGGGAUCUAGGACCCAAGAAUAGGGAAAUAUUCCAAGGUGUGCAAAGAUCCCCACAUUUUCCAUUGCUAUGGGGAUUUUGCCCCCAUACAAGGGUGCAAGGAUUAGCUGGAAAUGCUUUAGGACUGCAGAGUCAAGGUAUCCUAUCAGCUCCUGGCUUCAGGCUUGAGGUCUUCAUAUCCCUUCCGGAUCCCACCCGUUCUCCAGAUCUUACCUUGGGACCACAUUUGCUGCUACUCUUACUGCUGCUCUGUCUGAUACAUUGAGUGCUCUUCGAUGGUAGUACUAGGUUAGAACAAACUCCAUAUAAUCAAGUAGACUGCCUUAAAAGUGAUUCAUAUUAUUCCAGAGUUCCCCACUUCUUAGCCCGUCUUCAAGAGAAAAACCUUAAUGGGCUUAAGUCCUUCAGGAGUAGACUUCUCACUCUGGAAAAGAGUUGAGGGAUGUCAGAUGCUCGAGCCCUUCCUGAGAGUUCAGAAUGUUUAAGCCAGUGUUAGAUUUUCUAAUCGAGCGGAACAGUGUUAAACUUGGGAAAUGCUGGAACCACCCAGAGACUGUUGGAAUGGAAUGCGUUAUUGUCCUUAUCUCAAUUUUCCCAGCUCUCUAGGCUAGAGCAAGCUUUGGUCUUGAGACUCCUACUAUUUCUCUAAGCAGAUUCAGUUCUAAAACAUCAUGGAUAUGGGCAAUGUAUGUGGUAUUCUAGGGAAACAGAGGAACACUGGGAAGCCCUGGAGAUCCAGACUCAGCACCUAAUAGAGUCAUCAGAUUUUCCAUAUAAUUUUCCAGAUGUUAAGACAUCUUUCCACAUUCAUUGUUGGGCACCACUCCUUCCCCUCUCAUAUUUAGUCUUUAAAUAUUAAGAGGAAAUGAGUCAACUGUACAUGGAAGCCAGCAAUAUAUUCAGGGCUUCUCUCUCUCUCUCUCUCUCUCUCUCUCUCUCUCUCUCUCUCUCUCUCUCUCUCUCUCUCUCUCACACACACACACACACACCUCUUUUCAGUUACCUAUACAUACCCUCUGAAUUGAUAUGGGAAGAUAUUAACACAGGAUGAGGUGUAUAGAGUAGAUAACUUCGGCGUAAUCUGUAAAAUAUGGGGCCGGGAAGCAAAGAGAUGGGAGCAUUUAAAUGAAUUGUAUAGCUUAAAGAUGACAGUGCAUCCAUUGACCACAAGUCUAGUGGGAAUAACUACUAAAAGCAAAGUCUUGGACAGAAUGCAAAAUGCCAGCUCAUGCACAACCAUCCUGCAUCUAAGGCAUUAAUUACUAAUCUAUCAAACUCCCUUUUCUACUAGGACCAAAAGUAACUUCACAAAAUGUGCUUUCAUAUUAUGACCAAUAGCUUUUUCCUACUGAUCAAGAGCACUUGAAAAGGUGUCUAUUGACCAUCAGUGGUCUGUAAUAUCCAGAAAUGUACCAAGGUGCUUUUCUCACAGAUGACCACAAAUAAGGAUACAGUACUGUGAUUAUGUAGCUUGCCUCUAAAGUUGGCAUCUAGAAUGGAGAAGUGGCCACUUAUGUGAUGGCUAAGUACUUUAGCUCCUCCAAAAGCAUAUCACAUUCAUAUAUAGGGCACUUCCUCAUGUAAUUACUAGACCAAACUUUAACAAAAUUUAAGAAUAAUUAUUUGGGAGUUGGCCUGAUUAUGUUUAACUCUCCAGGGUCCUCAAACCUCUUGCAACCCUUUAGUCAGCUAGAAAAAAGAAGCUAAAUAGAGGUGACAGGAACAGCCCUCCAAACAACUCAAUAUGCCCAUAAGUAGUACAGAGACUCCCCAGAGUCCCAAAGAGGACAUUAUUAAUAGUAGGGUCAUAGAAACUGAAGAAAGACAGUAAGAAUUUCCCUUACUCCAUCCAACUGCCUUCUCUCUCCCUGUCAACUGCUGUGUACUCUCUAGCUGAGCAAAAGUUUCUGGAGGCUGGCUCCUAGUUUAAGAUUCACAGACUGAGGUGGGCCUUUCCAGGCAGAAUCCCAUACAAUUUCCUCCUUGCUGCCAAUCAAAACUGCCAUGAACAAAUUCAUAUUUGCUGAGCCUAUCAGAAAAAAAAAGGCUACACAAUUGAUAGCCUGCCUCAUGCCUACAAGGGAUGUGUAAUUCAUAGGAUCUUCUCAGACUUUGGUGCAGGAUAGUCAGCUGUAUUUUCUCAAUGCACUGAUUCCCAGUUUCAUUUUCUUCCUGAGAAUAAACUCCUUGUCACAUCCCCUCAGUCAUCUGUUUCAGACAAUGGAGUAAUCAGGAGGAGGCGGUUCCAAGUGCUGUUGGACAUCCACAGCCUAGGGACCCUAAAGCACUUGGGAGUUCUGCAGCUGAAGAAGCAUCAGUCUGUUAGCAAGGAGGCAAAGAUGAGGUGGACAGCUCUCUAGGCCCCAUCUGGGAAACUGCUCCAAGAUAACUCACUGUCUGCCCGGAGGACUUGCAUUGCCCCUACUUUUUGUGCCAACAACCUCGUAAGGGAAGUUGGGGUGGGAAGUCGGACAGUCCCUGGGAAGUCAGUGUGGGUAGGUGAAGUGGGGUGGAAAGGAAAGGCGAGAUUAAUGGUCUUAAAUAGCAGGCUUUUGGGAAAGGAGGGAAUCAGCUGCUGCUCUUGGCCUCAACACACUGGGUCACUGCCGAGACCAUUCUCUGUCUCGUUCCCACUUUGGCCAAUGCUUAUAUGCUAUUUGUUGAAAAUAAUUUUUUAGGACAGAUUUCGGCUACCUCCCUUCCAGGUUUGAUUUCACUCGGCUGUAACUGUCAAUUUGUUAAAGGUUUUACCUGUGUGAUUUUUUUAAAGAAAUAAAUAGAAAAAGAAAUGAAAGAAAGGAAAGAGAGGAACAGGAAAGGAAGGAAACCAUAGUCAUGUGAACAGUUUCAGAGUGUGUAUGUGCGUGUGCAUGUGUGCGUGUGUAUGCGUGUGUGUGUGUGUGUGAUUUUUUUCUGGAACUACUUCAAGUGAGAAAAUAAAUAGAAAUUGAUGGUGACAAAGCUGUAAAGAUAAAAAUUAGUAGAAGACAAUAUGAAUACAAGGGACUAAAAUGCAUGAUUAAAACCUAAGAUUAUGAACCCUAUGUUUAUGCUUCUUCAAGGAGACUUUUUAUUCUACAGAUUGAGUAUGUAGCGAUGACAUAGAGAUUUCUCUAGAAGAUGAGUGGGGUUUUUAUGGCGCUAUCUGAUAUUUUCUGUACAUUGUGGUAGGUCCAGGAAAUAAGGUGUUUUUUCCCUUGAGUUGUUUUUAGUGGGGAAUUUUGUUCUUUUGUGUGUGUGUGUGUGUGUGUGUGUGUGUGUGUGUGUGUGUGUGUGUGUGUGUGUGACUGUCCAUAGUAGAAGGGACUGAGGAGGAUUUGAUACUGGUUUUUUAACCAAAUGUUAAGGGGAUAAACUGUGUCUUUGUCCUUUUUACUCUACAAGAUAUUUGUAUUUGCCAGUAUGGCCCUGAGCUCCCUGAAGACUACACUCAGAACCACCAUGCACAGCUCAGUUCCUAAGAACUGAGACAGGUGAUACCCAAUGCAUUUGGAGAAAGAAAACUAGUCAAGUAAAUAACUAAAUAGAAAAUGAGUUUUGUAAAAUCCUUUUUUGUAAUUUAUUCAAGUUUUGCCAAAUUCCUAGCUCUCAUUUCCUUUGUAAGAGCAAUGUAAUAAUAAUCAAGAUAGAAGUUUAUGUGUCUGGCAGAAAGCUCCAGAAUGCAUGACUCCAGGCAUCAGUACAGUCAGUGACCUUGAACAAGUCAUCAAAUCACCUCCACGUUUGCCUCAGUUUCUCUAGCUGAAAAAUGGGGAUACUGCUACUUACCUACCUCACAGUGGGAGGACAGAGGAUUACGGGGCUCUGAGGUUUUUUAACAGACUGUGCAAUCUGCUACAGACACCAUCUGAUGCCAAGUUCACAGGUUAUUUUUCAAGCAUGUACAGGCCCAUUGCCCUUUUCAGAGAUAGGGAGUGCUUGAUUGACAUUCAAGGCACAAGACUGGAAUGCCUGGAUUCUAGUCCAUCUUAAGUGAGUGUACUGGGGAAUAGUUCACUGUUUAGAGAAUUUCAAGUUUCCCCUCUGUAUUCUGGCCUUCACCAAAUCAAUGAUUUGAUCAAUAUCCAAAGACUUCCUCCAGUGUAAAAGUCAGGCUACUGUCAUCUAGUUAAGAUCUGGGGGGCAUUACCUACAUACAGAGUAAGAGGGUCUGACAUCUCCUCUCCAGCAGACAGCUCACUUAUCAUACUCAGUUUCCAUAUUACAUGUUUCAUUAGUAUAAGUGAUAACAUUCUGAGUGCAAGUUGGACUUCUGAAACUUCAUACCAGCAGUCAGUGAGGAGAACUAUGAACAAUUAUUGAGUUGCUUUCUUGGGUCUCUAUAAUCAAUAACUUGUCUGCAGAUACCUAUCUAUAUAAUGAUAUUAUAUAUAAAUAAAAAUUACAUAUAUAUGCACAUGUAUAUAUAGCUGUACAUAUAUGUGUGUAUAUAUAUACUUAAAUGUAAUAUUUACAAAACUGUGAUCUCGUCUAGAGAAAAAUGUAUUCAUAUUACAAACUGCUCUUCCAUAUAUAUGUAUCAUAUUAUACCUUUUUAUUAUUGUCAUAAUUAUUGAGGGUAUUUCUGAUUAUUACUAUGUUAAAAUCUGUCUGGCAUCUUCUGGAAGCAACUAAAACAUAUGACUCUUCAUUGAAGUGCUUAGAGUCUGUUCUCAUGAAUUCUAUUGGUCUACUGUAAAAAGAAAAAAACAACCACAAAGAAACAAAAAAUGAAAAAAAGGAAGAAAGAAAGAGAGAGUGAAAAGAAAGAUAAAAGCAAAGUAAACACCAAAAACUCAAUAGAACUCUAACCUUCAUCCUGUACCUCAUGCGCAGAAAUGUGCUGCUCUUGUCUUGGGUUUUGUUUUUCCUGUUUAUGUGUUUUUAUGGAUCUAAGUUAAGUCUUUCAGCGAUAUAUAAAAUGUAAAUAGUUAACUUUAUUUAUUAAGAAUGUCAUCUUUUUAAUUUAUAUUUACACGAUGGUUCAUCUAAUUUAUUUUUUCUAUACAGUUUUAAAUACUCAGACAUAUUUUGCUGUUCAUGGUAUUUUUAUCUUCUUCUUGUGGAUUUGUGUUUCCAUACUGUUCUCUCUGGUCUCAGUUAAGGUUGGAUCUGACACACAUACACAAAAAUAAUGUCAAAGACAAAUAUUUUGCCACUGUUGAUUACUGUACCUUAAAGUUCUAUAUUAUGAAAAUAUAUAAUAGCUUGUCUGCUUCAA